GGACGCUCGACGUCUCGACGCACUCCGUCGCAGUCACCCCGACGGAUAACGAAUGUCCGAGUGACUUCGCGAAGUUUACGCGGCAAAUUCACGAGGGAAAACUCUGCGAGACUGAUACGAAGAGAGGUGACGACGAAUUUUCUUCUAAACCGAAACCGGACGAAAUUGAACGAACAGACGAUCGUGAUUCACAAGCUGGCUAGUGGGAACACCAUCGAUAACGACAUCCAGUUCUAAGGAAGUGGGAACAUUGAACGAACAUACGAGAAAAGACACAUACGGAAAAGACCGAGAAGGCAUUCAAAGGGGGAAAAAACGAUGUUUACGACUACGAUUUUUGUCUUCGCGUUGAACACACUGUGGAUGGUGUGUGAAGCAGUGCCGUUGCUUGAUCUGAGAAACAGGUUGGAAGAGAACGCAUUGGACGCGAUGAUCUCUUGUUCCUCGAAUGAAGAUUGUUGGCAAUGGUUGUCGGUACAGUUUCACAAAAAUGCCCCCUUGAUCUCAGAGAAGAGCCUUGCCGCAUCAAAAAUGAACAUCCGACGAGAUGCUUCAAACUUAGACCCGAAUGCGAUAAUAGAAACGUGGGAUGACAAUUCUUUGCUGACUACCAAGCAAAUUGGGAACAGAUUGUCGAAAAAGGAUGCUGUUAUGUCACGUAGUUGGGGUGCCGGUGGCAUGCCCUUCUCCGUCCUAUAUAUGAAUCCACAUGGCUCUCGUGGAAAUCACGCCAGUAAGGAAAUAUUAAACAAGAACGAAAAUGAUAAUACAUUACCGCAUACAAGUACUUCUCAACAACAAGAAUUGGAAAGAACUGAAACUACAACACCACCCGUAAUGCACCCUAACACACGCAUUGCUUUACGUAACGGAAGUUCCACGCAACCGAGAAGACAAUACUCGAUAAUACCACAGCUUUUUAGAUCAUACGGAUGGGUUCCGUUUGGCAAAUGAAAAGAAUCUGCUCUACUCACAAAACAUCACUACAAGUGCAAUACUGAUCUCAUAAUUUUGCUAUACGAGAAAUCAACUGUAGAGAUAUUUAGUUAUAUCUAGUUUUAACUAAGCGUCGUAAUUUUGGAUAGAUGACAAUCUACGAAUCUUUUUCUAAAAGGCCACCGCAAAUAACAAUAACUUCUUCAUGUUGUUCGUUAUCUAUUUAUACUUACUUCUGGAAUACUUUCUUUCAGAAUUUUUAAUUUAAUCUACUAAGGAAUUUCUUAACUUUGUCAAUUAUAAGUAAUUAUUUCAAAAAGUCGCCUAGUUCUUUAAAUUUUCGUUAAAGUUUCAGUUUUGAAAGUUGAAAUUUUACUACUUCCUUGGAUGACUCUACCUCGUUACGUACAAAAUUACCAUUCAGUCUUUUUGCUUACACGAUUCAGAAACACAAUACAAUAAAUUUUAAACGAAAAUUUAAACGUUUAGCUACGUUUGGUUGUAUCAAAAUCAAUUUCUUUAUAUGUACAUUUAAGAACAUAAUCUAAUUUAAGUUGUUAUAAUAAGAAAUUAUUUAACUCA